UUCUUUUUCUUUCGUUUUUCAUAAACAGAUGCAGGACGAACAAUCGAAUAAUCAAAACCCAAUGAUGAAUAUGAUGCUGCAAUUGCAGCAGCAGCUGCAGCAUCAGCAGGAGCAGCGGGAGCGGGAGCGGCAGGAGCAGGAGCGGCUGCAGCAAAGGCUGGACCCACCAACUACCUCCUUCAGCAACGAUGGAAAAGAGGAGGAGGAGGAUGCGAAGGCGCAACGCAAAAGAGGAACGGCUGCAGGGAAAAGGCGGAACCCCUACCGCGGGAGAUGGCCGAGGGGAGGAAGAAGAGGCGGCAGGGGCCGACCUAAUAAAUAUUAUAUUUCUUUUGCGUAA